AUGUUGAUAAUUGAACUGGCAGUUAGCUUCACUGAUUCUAAGGCGUUUAUACAGAUCAAGGAAGAUUUAUCAGUUAGCUUCACUGAUUCUAAGGCGUUGAUACAGAUCAAGGAAGAUUUAUCAGUUAGCUUCACUGAUUCUAAGGCGUUGAUACAGAUCAAGGAAGAUUUAUCAGUUAGCUUCACUGAUUCUAAGGCGUUUAAACAGAUCAAGGAAGAUUUAUCAGUUAGCUUCACUGAUUCUAAGGUGUUGAUACAGAUCAAGGAAGAUUUAUCAGUUAGCUUUACUGAUUCUAAGGCGUUCAUACAGAUCAAGGAAGGCAGCCUAAAAAACUAUCUGAGGCCUUCAAUCAACUCAGAGACUUUAUUGAAGAUCAGCUGGAGUCCAGAUCACCAAUUGAACAUUAUUAGUUAUUACAAUUUGUUCGACAUUUUAGAGAGGAGAAAGGAAUGGCUUCAUCUUUGGACAAUCUACAGUAUGACCAACUCUGUUCCAAAGGGAAAAUAUUCAUUUAAUCUUAAACAGUACUGCAGAGUAACAAUUAUUCUGAAAAGCUUUGAUAAAAUAAAAUAAAAGUUUAAUGUGUUCAGCACCAGUACCAUCUAGCAGUUUUUGUUGGAUGCUGAUUCUCCUACUCCUUAUUGGGUUGUUAGAAAGACAAUUGUUUGUUUGGCUUAUUUAUGGUGGACUAAGGCUUACAGAAAUGAUGGAUAUUUAGAUAGAAUUGUGUGAGAGCACAUCUGAGGGAAUCUAUGUGACACAUUCAAGGGCCAAGCAAAGAAGUGAUAAACAAUCCAGUAGGUGUCUGGUCCCUAGGACCGACGAUAGUCUCAGUGCUAAUAUUGUUGACAAAUAAAUACAUUAGAACCAUUAAAGAGAAGGUCAGAAAAUUUACUGUUAAAGAGGUUGCUGUCUGUUGUAGAUAAGGAGAAGGAGAUAACAACUGUAGAGUUGAACAGGGGG